ACUCAGUACUAUAGUAAUAUAAGCAAUUCGUGCAAGGGAGUAUAUAAAAUAGAGAACGAUAAGAAUCAUGGUUCCAUAUUAUCAUUAAUCGGUGGUAUAUAAAUAAGAAUACCUCAGUUUGACGUCCAGUGGUGCAAGGACACUACCACCUUCACUGCUCCCGCUCCCCAGAGAAAGACUAACAUUCUAACCAGUGUGCGUUGGUAGUCACUUGACGGUGUCUGCAGGCAAGGAAAUCACUGAAAAUGGUAACAACACCCUUCAGCUUAGGCCACCAGACGGAGGCGACAACGGAGAGUUACGGAGCCACAGAAGCCUCCACCACGGGUUAUGCCUCGGAGAGUUACGGAGCCACAGAAGCCUCCACCACGGGUUAUGCCUCGGAGCAUAAAUUCCACGCCGCGGACUGGGCAGUGUUUUCGCUGUUGCUGGUGGGGUCAGUGGGCAUAGGUGUGGUCAGCGCCGCCAGGAGCAGGAGAAAAACCACCACUCAAGAAUUCCUCCUUGGAGGAAAGAAUAUGCCACCAGUAGCAGUCGCCAUCUCCCUUUUGGGUGGUAUAAUUUCAGCCAUCUCCAUUCUAGGUAACCCAACCGAGAUCUAUUUGCACGGCACGCAGAUCACCAUCUCCCUGUUGGGCGCCAUACCGGCUACAGUCAUCAUUAACAAGAUCCUAAUUCCAGUUUUCUAUAACCUCAAUCUGGUUUCUCUUAAUGAGUACAUUGAGCUGCGUUACAAGAGCGUCGUCUUACGAAAGUUGGCCACCCUGGUGACUCUGCUGACGUUUUCUGUAUACGUGGGAUUGUGCCUGUACGCUCCCUCGCUGGCCCUCUCCACUGUCACCAGCCUCUCCACUUUGAACUCCAUGAUUAUCAUGGGCGCCAUCGUCACCUUCUACAUCACCAUCGGCGGAGUCAAGGCGGUGGUGUACACUGACGUGCUCCAGACGUUGCUCAUGUUCGGGGGCGUGUUCGCGGUGGUGGUGAUGUGCUGCAUUGACUUAGGAGGCGUCAGGGAGGUGUGGACGAUAGCGGAGCGUGGCGGAAGACUUGAGUUUUUCAACAUGGACCCCAGCCCUUACGUCCGCCACACCUUCUGGUCCACCUUCACCUUGGGAUUUUUCCUCAUUAUAAACGGAAUCGGUCUGAAUCAGACAACCUUCCAACGUUUUGCUUCCGUGAGAACACUGGAAAUUUCAAAAAGAUUGUCUUGGUUCUUCCUGUUUGGACUGUGGUGUCUCUGGUGCCUCUUCUUCUUCUCCGGCCUGGUCGCCUACGCCGUCUACAAUACGUGCGACCCUUACACCUCAGAGAAGAUCAGCAAACCAGAUCAGAUCAUUCCCUUCCUGGUAACCGACAAACUAGGACACAUUCCCGGAAUGGCAGGUCUCUUCGUGGCGUCUGUGUACGGCGGGGUGCUCAGCACACUUUCCUCCACGGGAAACUCUGCGGCCUGCCUCAUAUGGGAGGACUUUCUCAAACCUUUUCCCUACUUUUCGAACCUCAGUGAGUCCUCAGCCACCCGCGUGAUCAAGAUCUUAUCUUCUUUCACCGGCGUAAUGGCAGUGGGUCUAGGGAUGGUCAUGGGCAAGCUGGGAAAUAUAUUUCACGUUGUGCUGAGCAUAACCAGUGCCAUCGCCGGGCCCCUCUCCGGCGUGUUUUUGGCUGGUAUCCUGUUUCCUUGGGUUGAAAAAAAGGGUGCGCUUAUUGGCUUUCUGGUGUCCUUCUUCUACAAUAUGUGGAUGGUGAUUGGGAAGUUUAUAAGAGGCAGUGGACACCUAGAAAAGUUGCCGCUUUCCAUGGCCACUUGUGAGGGUUCCUUCAACACCACCCUGGAGGAUCUCGUCCACACCACCAUGGGCUCCUCUUCUCUAUACUCCACCACAGUCCCUACCACGCUCGGCAUGGAAGAGGAAGCGAACGCUAAAGGCAUUUACGACACGUCCUAUUGCUACAACGGCCUCAUUGGCGUGUCUUUCACCAUGCUGGGCGCGGGAAUCGUGUCUCUGCUGAUAGGCCCCAACCACCCCAAGGACGUAGAGGGCGGGGUGCUCAACCCGACUUGCGAGCGACUAUACAAGAAUAUAUGGUUCUGGUACCACAAAAGAAGAUUCUUCCGUAAUCGAGAGAUCAAUGAGACGCAGGACCACAGCUUAGAAAUGCGAAUGAUGCCCCAGCAUGAAUCUAAACUUCUCUCCCCUCAAUAGCCAAUACUCAGCAACAUCUCUUCGAGAAUCUGCCUCGAAUCACAGCAGAACCAAGCGUAGGUUCGAAUCCCACCACCUACAACCUUAAACACUUUGCCAUUUGUCGAGUGGUUUAAAGUUACCUACAUGUCACCAUGAUACCCAGGUUCUAGGUGGCUACACCCAGAUGAGCUUCUGGAUGAUAUGGGCCUAAUAUGGGUACCACUAUAAAUAAAAUUGCCUGCGCCACUAAUGGGCGGAAGCUUGAACAGCGCUUCUCAUACACUCUUCAAGUGUGCCUACAGGCGCUAUAGGCCUUAACGUAAAAAAAACAAGAAUACGAGUCGACAAGAUUUGUACUCUUACGUUAAGCCUGAUAGGAGGAUGCAAGUUUCUCCACCUUCUUAAUAAUUCAAGAAGCCAUCUUCUUUUGUUAACGAUAUACAAAGAAAGGACUUUACCUUACCGAAAGUGCCAUGCCAAUGCAGACGUUGGUGACCAUACAUAGCCACACCAGUCUAUCUCUUGUCAUUUGUAAUAUGCAUGCAGUUCUUCUUCCAUUUCCUAUUCCAUUAAUGUAAUUCUCUCUUUGUCUGCCUUCUGCUCUGCUACCUAGGAUUCUUUCCGUUAAACUUAAGUCUUCUAUCUUUCCUAAUCUUAUCAAAUGUUACUUAAAUCUAAUCUGAUUUACUUAAAUCUUUACAAUUAGUUAUUUUUCACUAGCCAUUCUUCUCAGCAUUUCUUCAUUUCCUUUCCUUUUUUUAUGUAGGAGAGAGGGCCAGCCAAGGACAACAGAAUAUAAAAAAAAGGCCCAUUUGAAUGCUGGUUCUCAAGAAGAUAAGUAAAGCAUUAGUCAAAUUUAGAGAGCAAUUUGAUAUUCUUCCUGUCCAAGAUAUUUUCAAGAGCUUUGCCAAUACCACAUUUAAAAUGCCUCCAUUCUCUGCUCCAUAAGUUUAUUUAAAGCCCACGCUUCUCAUCCAUAUAACAACACUGACCUACUCUUCGUCUUGUAUUUAUGGAUAUGACUGUUGGUAAUUACGUUUCUCGUCUUCUGAAAUGCGUCUUCUGCUUCUCAUAUCCUUCUUUUGAUUUCCUCUAGACAUCUUCUAUCUUCUGUUAUGUAUCUUCCCAGGUAGUAAAAUCUUCUCACUUGUUUUAUAAUUUUGUUGUUCAAUCUUACAUUGCACCUCGGAACCCGUAACUUCUUACUAAUCAUCAUCACUUCAGUAUUAUCAACGUUGAUUGUUAAACCUUUUGCUUUACUCGCCAACUUUACUGUUGUUAUAGUAUCCUACAAUUUCUCUUGUGAAUCUGCAAUCAUCUCACUGUAUAUAGAGAACAGAUCUGGAGAUAAAACACCCCUGUCGUACUCCUCUCUUUUAUAACCAUCCUGCCACUCUGUUCUACUCUUACAGCCGCUUUCUGGUUCCAGUAAAGUUUGCACAUCAUUUUUAAAUAUUUUCCAUCCACUUAUAUUUCCUUUAAUAUGUCGAUUAAAUCAUCCUGUUUUACUCUAUCAAAAGUUUUCUUAUAGUCUAUGAAACAUUAAAACAUCUCAUUCACUUAACAUCUUUAGUAUAAACAUUGCAUUUCCCAUUGCUUUCUUCCUUUCAAUAAGCCAUAUUGUUCUUCCGCUAUCUCUCUUUUUUAUCUUGCAUCUUGUUCUUUCUAGCACCAUCCUCAAGAUUACCUUUAAAUCUUGACUCAUUAUGCUUAUAGUUCUAUGCUUAUUGCACUCAAAAGUUGCAGGUUUCUUUGGUAUAGUUAGAAAAAUAGAUAUCCACAUAUUCCCAUUAACUUCCCCACAUUUUUAUAUUUCAUUAACAAUACAUAUCUUUUCAAUACUAAAUCUAUUGCCACACCAUCUUCACCCACUGCUUUCAUCCUUCUCAUUACCUUCUCCACUUUAUAUGUAUUAUCCAGGACCAGUCAUUUCUACUCCAAGCUCCAACUGCUCUGGUCUCUCAUCCCAGACCAAUUUUUUAAUAUAAUCUUUCCAUCGGUUGAAAACUUCUUGCUUUUCCAUUGUCAUCUCGUCAUUCUUCUUCAUUACUACUUCCCCCGUGCGUAGCCUUCUUUUUCCAUUAAGUUCCUUCACUCUUUCAUGCAUCAUCUUCUAUCUCAACACAUUCUUAAUAUAUCCAUCGCUUCUUUGCCGCAGAACAUUUCCUCUUUUCUUUUCUAGCUAUUUCCUUAUAUCUUAAUGCAUUCCUGUGCUUGAACUUCCUUCUCUCUUUCAUUAAAUCUAGAAUAUCAUCCGUUAUACAUUUCUGCCUUGCUCCCUUCCUUGGUAUUAUUUCUUUUGCUCUUUUCCACAUGUUUCUUUUUUCUAACAAUGCCAUUCCUUUUCCAAGCUAUCCAUGUCGCCAUCAUCUACAAGUCUUUCGUAUCUAUCCUUUACUAUUACACUAUAAUGUCUUCUUGUGUAUUCUUUCCUCAGUUCUUUUUUUAAUUCAUUAUCAGUAUUCUAUUUCGUUUCUUUAUGUUCUUGAAUCUCAUUCUGACCACUGCCAUCACUGGAUUAUUUUCACUGUCACCGUCAGCGCCGGGAUAUGUUUUAGAAUAUAAAAUCACAUUUCUGAAUCUCUUAUUUAUAGAUAUGUAAUCUAUUUGGCUUCUGUAAUUAUCCUCAUGGUUCUUCCACUUAUACAGUCUUCUUGGAUGUUGCCAGAACCAAGUGUUUGCAAUCAUCUGAUCAGUUUCUUAGCCCCAUUUGAUCCGUAGAUUGCCUCUUUCGCUUCUAUCCCCAAGUGCAAAGGACCAACUGUAUCGUCCUCUCUUCCUCUCCACCUUAGCAUUUAAAUCUCCUAUCAUCAUUAUCAUUUAAUGAUUCAUACAAUUUUGUUGAUUUGCCGUGUUUAGGUUGACAUAGAACUGGAUUGUUUUUUCAUCAUUGCUUUCGGUGGUGGGUGCAUAUACUUGUAAAAUAUUUAUAUCAAUUGGUUUUCCCUUCAAUUCUAUCAACAGAACACGAUUUAAUAUUGCCCCCCAAAAAACAAUCAAACUUCCCGUGAUCAUUUUGUCUAGCACUGUUCCCAAACCUCUUUCAGCAGUGUGUCCGCUUGAUUGUAUAAAAUGUCCGGCAUCUGUGUCCAAUUUGUUCACUUCAGGCCAUCUUACUUCUGAUUGCUAAUACGUAUAUCUAUUUUCAUCCUUUUCAUCUAUCUUUUCAGAUUUUCUAUUUUUUUUCGCUUGAUAAAGAAUUUUUACGUUCCAUGUCGCACACUUGAAUGCUUAGUUUCUUCGAACAGUCUGGAGCCAUCUGUCCAUCAUGGCCACCCAUACCGGACGAGACAGCUGCCUCUUGGCCACAGCUCCCAUUCAUGUCGUUUUCUGUAUCUCUUCUUGUGUGACUUUCCAUGGCUUUUCUUGGAUUAUACACGGUGAAGGCUUCACUUCUUUUCCGUGGUUUGGUUCACGGCUCCUUAUUAGUUAUUCAGAGUACUCCAAGAGGAAAGCAUUUCUUCUUGGGCUCCCCGAUCCCCCACUCUAGAGACGCGCCUGUUAAGAGUUUACAUAUAUCCGCAGUCAAAUACUUUUUGGGCUAGCUGUCGUUGCCAAGACUGAACCCAAGUAAAGUUGGAAAAGUGUACAUAAUAUACUAAAUAAUAAGGCCAGUGACCGAAUUCAAAUCUUGUCAGAAUAAAGCCAUUUUUCUCAAGCUAACCUUGAUGGCCAAAGAAUAUUGAUAUCCUUUGCAUCGACUCAAUCUUCAACGGUGAUUGAAUUAGAAUUGUUGGAAACAGGCAACAGCAUCUUUAAGUCUUCACUCAUGAAAAUCAUGCCACAUCACCACGAACAGAGGCCGACAACUCAUGAAAAGAAUGGAGCGACCAUCUAAAUACUGAGCACAAAAGACUUUAUUUACGGGCCUUUAGUCCAAGAACAUUUGAACAACGUCUUUAAUUGUAGGUCAUUUCAUAUUUCGAGUAUACAUAGUAUGCUGACGAAUUAUCGAUUGUAAGGAAUAUGUUUAAAUAUUAUUAAAUGUGAUAAUUGUUCACAUUCAGAUUAUCUAUCUUUACUACUAUAUCGCAGCUCAUCCCUAAAUGUCAUCAUAGAGAAAUUCAUGUAAGUCUGAUUUUAUAUUUCAUGAAGAACACAACUCACUCUGGCUCCUUUACUGUAAAAGUAAACAACAUUUUUAUAAAAAAUUUCAGUAAAACUUUCUUACGUA